GACGACACCAAAUCUCUGACGUGAAAUGGAAUCGGCUUCUCGCAUCUAGAAAUAGCACUUUGAGAUCUUGCUUGACGACAGAAUCUAUACAAGUUCUGAUCCUAUUAGUGCCAUCACUCAUCAACCAAGCGGAUACCCACCCCAACUUGGAUGACAUCGUUGUGUACAUCUCUUCAGGAUCGAGAAGCAACAUCAACAAAACCAGAACCAUGGAUCAAGCGCAUUCCAGGGCUCUCGAGGCCCUACAGCCAUUUAUACAUCUGACGACAUCAUCGACAGCCUCCUCCCCUCGGUUCGUUGCCAAUAUUAUCGCGAACGCUACUUCUCACCCAAACACAUACGUCUUCGCCGAGUUGUUAGAAACCUCAGCUGUGCAGGCUCUGGGCUCAGCGGAUACCCCUGAAGAAUUUCGCGGUUAUUUGAAGCUGCUUGAGAUAUUUGCUUGGGGCACAUGGCAGGAAUACCAAGAAACGCCCGGCUUACCGACUCUCAAUGAUCAGCAAGCCUUGAAACUGCGUUUACUAUCCCUCCUCUCCUUGUCAAGCACCAUCCGCCCGCUCACGUACCAGGCAUUGAUGCAAGCGCUCUCAAUCCCCACCGCAGUUAAACUCGAGUCACUCGUCACAACCGCAAUUUACUCGUCCUUGAUAGUGGCAAGACUUUCACCGGCUACAAAUCCACCGACAGUCAACGUAACAGCUGUUGCACCGCUACGAGAUGUCAGACCCCAAACCGUGUCUACUUUGAUCUCAAUCCUGUCUGAAUGGGAAGGUCGCUGCGGAGACAUUAUCAAUGGCAUUGAAGCUGAGAUCGCAAAGAUCAAAGACCAGACUGUCAGAAACAGCAUUUUGAAACGUCAAUGCACACUCGCCCUUGAAAAGGCCAUCGCUGCCGAUAUGGACGGCGGAGAAGACAACACCGGUUUGCGCAGUGGUGGGAGAAAUACCAAACAUAGUCUUCGUGGUGGCAGAACUGCCGGUGGAAUCAGAUUCGGUGGUUCUUCUACAGGGGGCAAUAUCAGUAACAAGCGCGAAUACAGUGAUGAUCAGGAUGAUGAUGACGAUGAUGGGUAUUUUGACAAUGCAAGUGAUGGGGGAUUAGAUGUGUCUGGUUCCCGUAUGGAGAUUGAUGAAGGUGCAGGCGCUAGUAGAGGAGCGACCAGACAGACGAAGAGAUUGCUUGGUGUAGGUAGGAAGACGUGAGUCGAUGUGUCUCUGGAAUGUCCAUUGAACUCACCCUUCACGCGAGAGUGCCACUACCUACUUAGAUUAUGAAUGACAUUUUAUGACCCCAAC